CUCAGGCGACACUGGGGGAAAACCGAACAUUACUUAAGUUGGGCUGAGAAUGCGCAUGAGCUAACGUAGCAAACACGUCCUUAAACCGGAAUUAUUUCCUAACAUAAGGGGGUUGUCCCGUCCUCAUACGAAUAGUUCACGGGCUAAAUCUUGAUCUAUGGUGGUUCAUCCAUGCGUAUUUCCCUGCGUCGUCUGAAGAAAUUCGCGUUUUCCUUUUCUAAAUUGCCAUUGAACUGCGAAUCAUAUUGAAAACAUAACUUUCUUCCCCGCAUGCAAAUUCCAACUCUUCUUUCCGAGGUUAAUAGUUUAGGCUUCUCAUUAGACGCACUACCUGGUUGUUUAAUUCCGCGAAAGCUACACGGGAAGCCUGUAGUCCCGCCACUCUGAUUGCUUGGAAAGUAGUUCUCAAAAUUCGGCGUUAUAAACCAAACUAAACGACACUGUGCUCAAAGUCUACCAUUUCACAUACGCCGUGGUGUUUGGCAUUUUAUUUUAGGCCAGUAACCCCCCGUUACGUGAAAUAAAUUUCCCAACCGGAAAGGAUCAGAAUACAUGACAGAGAAAGGAGAAGUAUUCACGUGAUCUUCAACAGCAUGUUGGUGAAUAACAUGUUUUCAUUGCUGUGUUUCCCACUCCUGAUGUCUAUGUUUAGCUGCAGUAGUCUCGGCAGACAGCGUAGACAAUUUGUUUUCCCCGAUGAUGAAGAAUCAUGCUCAAACCGAUUUACUAACGAUGGAAUAUGUAAAGAUGUUUUGAAUUGUAGAGAUCUUUUACAAAAAAAUGAUUAUAAUUUACUGAAAGAAUCAAUAUGCGGUUUUGAAGGCAUAACACCCAAAGUUUGUUGUCCGAAACAAAGUAUUGUAAAUCCAAUAACAGAAGCACCUCCAAAAACCACUACAACUGAACGACCGCCAAUACGGAUACCAUCCAAUCUUCCUAAACAGUGUGGAAAUCGUAAUAUUACAACUACCAGGAUUAUUGGAGGGCAGGAAGCAACACCUGGAGCCUGGCCCUGGAUGGCUGCUGUCUAUAUCAAACAAGGAGGAAUCAGAAGUGUUCAGUGUGGAGGUGCGCUUGUCACCAACAGGCACGUGAUUACAGCAUCGCACUGUGUUGUAAACAGUUUAGGAACAGAUGUGAUGCGAGCUGACGUAUUCUCGGUUCGCCUAGGUGAACACAAUUUAUAUAGCACCAAUGACAGUUCAGAUCCAAUUGAUUUUGCAGUUACGUCAGUGAAACAUCAUGAAAACUUUGUGCUCGCGACGUAUUUGAAUGAUAUCGCAAUUCUGAAGUUAAACGACACUGUUACGUUUACGCACAAAAUUAAACCAAUUUGUCUACCUUAUGAAAGCUUAAGGUAUGAGGAUCUAGCAAUGAGAAACCCAUUUGUCGCCGGAUGGGGAACAACAGCAUUUAAUGGCCCAUCUAGUGCAGUAUUACGAGAAGUGCAGUUACCAAUAUGGGGACACGAGCCCUGCAGGCAGGCCUACGAGAAGGAUUUAAAUAUUACAAACGUGUAUAUGUGUGCUGGGUAUGCAGAUGGCGGUAAAGAUGCUUGCCAGGGUGAUUCUGGAGGUCCAAUGAUGUUGCCUGAUAAAAGCGGGAACUUUUAUCUCGUUGGAAUUGUGUCUUUCGGAAAGAAAUGCGCGUUGCCUGGAUUUCCUGGGGUUUACACAAAAGUGACCGAGUUUUUAGAUUGGAUUGCAGUAAAUAUGGUGUAGACUAAAGCUGCGAAUGUCUUCAUUUCGAAUAUUUAACACAUACUUACCAAUAGCAGAGCAACUUAAAAUUAAACAGAGGACAGAACGAUCUUUUAAUGAAAUUUGGCGAACCUUUUUUCUUAAAUAUUUGUACCGUGUAUUUUAUUAAAAAAAAGUAAGACAGUCGAAUAAAUCAUUAACAAAAUCUGAAUUAUCUAGAUUAAGCGGACAUGUUUUACUUUUUUCCGUCAUCAAUGAACAUCAGUGUCGAUUAGAAUCUUUCAUACCUUUCUUUCGUGAUUUAAUUUUCUUAAUUUCGUCAAACAUAAUUGUUAAAAAUAAAUUAACUUUAGUUUUGUUACUAUUCAAUGUUUCUCUUUCUAGCGAUGUGUGAAUAAUUGAAACCUAUAAUAACUGCCAACUUGGUUACCUCAGUGCUUCUCAACCUUUUCCCUUUUCAUUUGGCCCCCCAGUGGCACAGCGGUAUGUCUGCGGACUUACAACGCUAGAAACCGGGUUUCGAUACCCGUGGUGGGCUGAGCACAGAUAGCCCUUGUGUAGCUUUGUGCAUAAUUAAAAACAAACCCUUAUCAUUCACACCUAAAAGUUUUUCACAACAGUCCAUUCACCUCAGUUCGAAAAAAGACGGUACUAAAUUUAAAUGCAAAAUUCUUUAUUAUGACUUAAAUAUACACCAAACUACAAUAAAUAAUAAUAAUGAUUUUUUUGCUCUUGAAUUUCUUGUAUAAUUGAUCGUAUUCGCUCACUCCGAUUCUGAUCUCAUUAACCCUUGGGUGAACCAUUCACCCAGUUGAGAAGCAUUGACUUUCCUUCCCAAUACUGACUGAUCAAUUAUUGAUAAACGAAUUUCUCUUCUACCUGAGUGACUAUCUUCGAAACCCAUGGUUUAUCUUUUUUUUUUCCAUAAUAGUUUAGAGUAACUUCUAUGCGCUUCACAACAUUUAUUAGUUCUACUCUUGCAUAUUAUGAAAAUAAAAUUCUUGAUGUUA